AUUAAAUUUAGGGCAACGUUCUAGAAUAUUCUCUCACACGUGUUGUUGUUUUUCUUUUGUCACGUGAAUAGAUGUAAUAAUUAGAUACAAUCACGUGUCAUUACUUUAAUGUACCUAAUUAAUGUUUUUAAAAUAUAUGGCAGUCAACAAGAGUUGACGGUUAUUAUUUGUGCUAAACCGUCGUAGGAGUCGGACCUUCUGUACGUCGACUGUGAAACGGUGCAUUUAUUAGGCAGGAAAAGAACUCUAAGUGAAAUAGAUCUUUAUAAGGAAUUUAUAUCAUUGCUAAAUGGAUAUGAAAAAGAUGUCAACAGACAGACCCCAGAGGCGGAACGGGAGGGGUAGACCGGGAAGGCGUGGCAAUAAAGUAGAUGUGAAAGUGAAACUAGAAAGGAGUCGACAGAGUGCACGUGAGUGCCGUGCACGAAAGAAGCUGAGAUACCAAUAUCUAGAGGACUUGGUCAGCAACAGAGAACAAGCCAUAUUUAAACUUAGAGAAGAGCUGGAAUUGUACAAACAGUACUGCGUUGAUCUUGACCAAGGAAAACUUCCAGAGCAAUUAUUGAAAGAACUUGCAAAGGCGAUGACAAAUGUGGAAAUCUCUAGCAACUCAUUUAAUCCAAUGUCCACACCUGAUGUCAUCGCGAACACACCAAGUAGCCAUCAAGGACUGCAAGACGUAUACCAACAUGAUGACCAAGAUGUGGUAGGAUGUUUCAGCGGAGUACCAACCACUGGAAACUCCCCAAUAGAUCAGUACCCAUUAUAUAACCAUGCAGCGGGGGAAUGCAAUGUAACUUACUCAAAUUUUAUAAAUCCGGUGUCGGAAACUCAGCAUUAUCCUCUUCAAGCGCAGGUAGGAAAAGAGACAUUUCUGAACAGACAGCUGGAAAUGACCAACCAUCGGUCUAAUCCUGUUCAAAACGAAUUUGAGAACCACAUUCCUAAUACAACCAGCACAUUUGUAUCCGAUCCCUUCGAUUCCAUUUCACCAGUUUUUACCAGCUCUACAACUCUAGCAAAUCAAGUGACUUGUGGAAAUCCAGUGGCUCCAGCUAUGUCGCAGAGCUUGAUGAGCAAAUCGGGGGGAAACAUGUCCUAUUUGUCUCUGCUUCGGGAUUCCUGUGCACCCCUUGACAUAGGAGACGAGGCGUUCAUGGACUCUGGAUUCUCGAAACCCUUCGUAAAAACAUCAGGAAGCGGGACUAUGGUCAGGAUUCCUUCCGAUUCUAUGGUACCCAACACUCCUGUGCUUCCUACGAUUCUGGAAGAAAUGAAUGUUGAAGGAUUGUGAAAAUGAACAAUUUACUAGCAACGAUGUACCUCAUAGUGCUUACUAAUCUGUUAAAUUAAUAUAAAUAUUGAAUAUGUGAAUCAUCCAGGCCGAUUCAAUUCAAUAUGAAAUGGAAAUUUUGUGCUCAUUAUUAGAGUCUAAAUUCUAAGAGGAAACAGUCUGAAUUGAAAUCCGUUGUUGACAUGGGAAUAACUGCCCAGUGAGGGAAAUUUCAACUGUUUUUGUUCAACACUCCAUUUUGUAGCUCAUCUGAACCAAAGGCACAUUUGAGCUUUUCUGAUCAAGGGGUGUCUGUAUGUUGUCAGUCGUGUGUCUUCUGUAAACUGUUCACCAUUAUUUACUUCCUCUCAAGAACCACUGUGGCAAUUUCAUAUUUUAUGCCAUAAAUCACCCAUGAGUAAAGGGAUUUAAAUUUAAUCAAAUGAAGGACCACUUCUCUAUAACCACUUGACCAGACUUCAUUGAAACCUUUAGUAUAUGUACAUAAUCUAGGUUCAAAUUUCUUCAUAUAAUUCCUUUCUGUGACGAUGGAGCCACACAAACAGAUGUCUUUCUUAGGAAUAUAGAGGAAGCAUUUUUCAAAUUCAAAGCCAUGUCAAACCCUUAUAUGCACUUAGUCAUAUUUAUAUUGAAGCAUCCUCAUGUAGUGAUGCUUCAAUUUUUUUCAGUUCAAAGAUCAAGAACACAAAUAAAAUCAAAAAGAGGCAUCCUCUGGUAGUGUAGUUUCAAGUUAAGUUCAAAAGCCCCUGCGAUGAAAAAAAGCACAACAUGUAAUAUAUAGGAAAAACCCUGCUAAUCAAAAAGAACGGGGCCAUAGUAACUCAGAUGAGCGAUGUGGUCAAUGAGCUUCAUUUAAUUGUAUAGCUGCGUGACUAAUUUAUACUAAGAAUAGAGUGGAUGAAAUUUUAUUAAGGUAUCUGAUAGGACUAGAUGUUGAUAAUAUUGAUAAAAUAAUAUUGUCUGAGGUUGGGAGUGGUGUAUUAAGAAUCAUGUACACAUGUAUUUAAGAUGGUGAUAUAUCAAACUGUAAUUUAUUUGGAUUAUGUUUAAUUUGUAUUAAUCUUUUUUUAAUGUAAUUAUUGGAUACAAAUAUUUAUGCUUUUCUAAUGAGACUUUAUGUUCAUGUUAAAGCAGUAAUGCUUGUAAGAAAAUUAGAUGUAGAUUAUUAAUUAGAAUAAGAUCGUCUGUAUUUCAUAUUAGAUUUUGUAAAAAUUUAGCGUUUUAUUUAGUGAAAUAUGUUUGUGAAAAUAUUUAAGUCUGGGUACUAUAGUCUCUGUGUCCACUGCUUACUAUUAUUAUAAACAUCAAAUAUGUUUAAUUAACCGGUAACGAAUUCAGUAUUGUCUAGUCACGUAAGCGUCAAUGUGUAUAGUUUUAAUAUUGAUGAAAAAACUAUGGAGGUGUUUUAUCUUCAAGACAGGCAGCGAUCUUAUUUUACUUGGCUCUUAAUGCUAAAAUUAAAAACAAUACAAAAUGAUAAUCUACAUGACGUCAUGGUGUAAGUCAAAUUGACUGCAGGGGAGGGGAUUCAAUUCACGAAAUCGGUAUCAAACUUGCUGUUACUUACGCACAUAAAAUAAUCGAUAUUUUUUAUUAACACCAUUUUCACAAAAAGACGUGGUAAAUGUGUAUUAGCUCAAUUAUUUAUUAAGGUUAUUUGCUGGCAAUUUGUGCAAUUUGAUAUAUUGCGUGGAUUGCACCUUCACUAAAAUUGCUAUAAUCCAUGCGGGCAUGGCUUAAUUCCUACAUUAGGAUAAUGAAAACAAUUUUCAAAUUUUUACUGUACGUUGUGUAGGAUUUUGUGGUGUUAAAAAUGACUCAGUGAAUAUUGUUAUGUUAAAUUUGUUAUGUUAUGAUGAAUUUAAUUAUAAUAGUUAGGGCAUAUUGAUAUAUUUUAAUAUAUUUAUUUAUUGCUAUUCUGUUGCAUUUGUUAAUAAAUCUAUGAAAUUGAGAA